GCCGAGUGAGCGGGCCGGUGCUAGAGCAGGCUGUGUUCCGCCCGGGUGAAAGGGCGGCGGCGGCGCUGGGCGGGGCAGAGUUCCACGGCCGGCGGCCGGGCUCUGGUGGGUCCUGAGAGCCGCUCAGGCGGGGCGGGGCCGGCCGAGCGGAGUCCGCGCGCGCCCGCACUGAGCUGCCGGCUCCUGCGGCUGCGCUGGUCGCCUGCCGCGACGUCGCGCCGGGGUCUCCAAGCAUGACCGAGCUGAGGCAGAGGGCGGCCCGCGAGCCGGACGCGGCGCCCGAGGACAAGGAAUUGGAGUCAGAAGUGAAGGUAGAUGGAGAGACUGCGUCGGACAGUGAGAGCCGAGCGGAAACUGCUCCUUUAUCAACGUCUGCAGAUGAUACCCCAGAGGUCCUCAACAGGGCCCUUUCCAACUUGUCUUCAAGAUGGAAAAACUGGUGGGUGAGAGGCAUCCUGACUUUGGCCAUGAUUGCAUUUUUCUUCAUCAUCAUUUACCUGGGACCAAUGGUUUUAAUGAUCAUUGUGAUGUGUGUUCAGAUUAAGUGUUUCCAUGAGAUCAUCACUAUCGGCUACAACGUCUACCACUCCUAUGACCUGCCCUGGUUCAGAACCCUCAGCUGGUACUUUCUACUAUGUGUAAAUUACUUCUUCUAUGGUGAGACAGUGACGGAUUACUUCUUCACUCUGGUCCAGAGAGAGGAGCCUUUGCGGAUUCUCAGUAAAUACCACCGGUUCAUUUCCUUUACUCUCUACCUAAUAGGAUUCUGCAUGUUUGUACUGAGUCUGGUCAAGAAGCAUUAUCGACUGCAGUUCUACAUGUUUGGCUGGACCCAUGUAACAUUACUGAUUGUUGUAACUCAGUCACAUCUCGUUAUCCACAACCUAUUCGAAGGAAUGAUCUGGUUCAUUGUCCCCAUCUCUUGUGUGAUCUGUAAUGACAUUAUGGCCUAUAUGUUUGGCUUCUUCUUCGGUCGGACCCCACUCAUCAAGCUGUCCCCGAAGAAGACCUGGGAAGGCUUCAUUGGGGGCUUCUUUGCUACUGUGGUGUUUGGCCUUCUGCUGUCCUAUGUGAUGUCCGGGUACAGAUGCUUUGUCUGCCCCGUGGAAUACAACAAUGACACCAACAGCUUCACUGUGGACUGUGAGCCCUCGGACCUCUUCCGUCUGCAGGAGUACAGCAUUCCUGAGGUGAUCCAGUCGGUCAUUGGCUUGACAACAGUCUGGAUGUACCCCUUCCAGAUCCACAGCAUCGCCCUCUCCACGUUCGCCUCGCUCAUUGGCCCCUUUGGAGGGUUCUUUGCAAGUGGAUUCAAACGAGCCUUUAAAAUCAAAGACUUCGCAAACACCAUUCCUGGCCACGGAGGCAUCAUGGAUCGCUUUGACUGUCAGUACCUGAUGGCCACCUUUGUUAACGUGUACAUUGCCAGUUUUAUCAGGGGCCCCAACCCAAGCAAGCUGAUUCAGCAGUUCCUGACCUUGCGUCCAGACCAGCAGCUGCACAUCUUCAACACCCUCAGAUCUCACCUGGCUGACAAGGGGGUGCUGACAGCUGCCGUGGAGGAUGAGUAGCGGCCCCAGGCCCAAGACGGCAGGAGCAAGCGAGCGAGGGGCUAGGCUCCAAGGCAAAGUCCCCCUGGUGUGACUCAGUCGAUGACAAGGCUUCAACUCACUGUCUUUUUUUUUUUUUUUUUUUGUAGAGUGUUUUUUAUUUGUGGGUUUUCAGAACAAUCUGUAUAUACAGUCUAUGUGCUUAUGAUUUGGGUCGUGGGUAAACUACAGCUCUGAGUUGGAAAGAAGUCACCGGGGUCAGACCUUUCAGGCUUUUUAAA